AUGAUUGCUUUUUUGCUGUUGAUUGUCCUUGGUGUUCUGGGGCAGGUGGCUUAUGGCUGGGGUAUGCACGAGUCUUGCCAGAGUAUCGAACAACCACUCAAAAAUGCCAUGACCGUUGCCUUCCAACGCGCAACAGAGGCCAAGGCAGAAAUUAGGAAGAUACCUCGAGACAAGCAUGUCGAUGCGCUGGUGAAAGUGGUCUUCGGCAGCGACGACGCCAAAGCCGCCGACGCAGCACAACGACUCGAAGCCAUACAAUGGCUUGACAUCUUCUCCACCUCUAGGCCAACUGCUUACAAUGUGAUACUGUACUGCUCCACCGACCGCAUCACCGAUUACAUAGGCCGGGACCCCGAGAACAAGGGAAAGAAGAUCGGCUAUGAAGACCCAGACCGGAAUGCAAGGGUGAAGGGCGGCGCGCUGAUGGACGACUGUCGCAGUGAGAACCAUAACGGCGACGCCUCGACGCGCGCCCUCACCAUCAACCUGGGAUCCAAGAAGGACAAGGAUGGCAAGGACCAGAGGGAGAGGAUAGCUGAUACUAUCCAGCUGUGUCCGUGGUAUUUGAGGAAGCUUGCCGGGCCGCCGCCGAGCUACGACACGCCCGACGAGCUGGUCAAAAAGGCGGCGGAUGUGAAGGCCAAGAAUUUGUUGGCCAAGUUCAACGCGAAGCUAAAUCACGAGACUGCGACGCCGAUUGAUUCGCUAGCAGGAUUUGAGCACGUGCUACUUCAUGAGAUGACGCAUUCUGCAAUUGCGGGAUAUUCGGAUGAUACGCCAGCGGGGAAGUGCUAUGGGUGGAAGCACUCGGUGAAGUGUCAGAAAAGCGAGAAUGCUGAUUCACUUGCUUAUUUCGCGCUGGCGGUCGAGCUUGUUUUACAUAGGGGGUACACGGUUAACAAGGACGGGACAUUGCAGAAACUCGCUGAUAAGAAGUAG